AUGGCGGAACAUGACGAGGUCGAUUCUGAGAGCCAAGCUCUACUUGCGAAAGAUGGUCUCAAAGAUAAAGAUCUGAGCAGUGGUGGUGUGACACCUACUGACAAGACUGGUUCCCCGUUCAAGAAAUGGGUGGAUAGCUUGCGCCCCCGGAAGCACGAGUAUCAACGACGGUAUGUGGACGACUGGUCGGAUUCUUCAUCUCAUCGUUCGCAAGGCCACCAUUCAAGUAUGUCCGAUUCAUCGCAACUUGGGACUGUGAAGACCGCCUCAACAAGCGGUGCAAGCCAGAGUUUGAUGAGAUCAAAAACAACCAUCAACGAUGGAACACCCCCCAGUACGGCUUCAGAUUCGAGCAACUCUGGUGAUACACCUCGUCCAGGUUCAAGUUAUCGCGCUGAUUUGGCUGUGGAUACGCGGGCGACCAAACGGCGUUAUAUACUGCAGGAACUCGUUACCACUGAGUCUGAUUAUGUACUGGGUCUAAAAGCUCUCGUUGGGGUCCUCACAAUAUUUAGCACGAGGCGCGAGAUCCAUGACAAUAUCCAAGAAAUCCUCGAAAUACAUGAGCAAUUCCUCGCCCGGCUUCAAACGGUAACUCCAAUGUCAGCACUCGAUGUUCAACGGGCAGGCGAUUUGGAGCUCACGUCUCGGGGUAUUUCAAAGCGCCUUGGUACGAACCUAGGCAGUUUGAGGGGGCUCCAGCAGCGAUCUCUCAGAAGUCGAACAUUAAGGGCAUCUAUCAAUCAGCGAGCAAGAGCACUCUCGGCGGAACCAACGGAGGCUCUAGAGGUGGCACGGGAAAUUUCAAGACUAGUAAAUUCGUCGCUUUCGUUCUCUACGUAUGACCAAUUUUGCAGCAACUAUGAGCUCCUAACACACGAUGUUGCUCUCUUGCGUCGGUCCAUCGCCAAUUGGACAAUCUAUGAUCGGGGGAUCGAAGCUUUAUCCAAGUCAGUUGCGUCGACCGAGCGACGCAGACAAGAGGACAGUAAAUCAAUGACCCUCAAUGACUUACUGAUCAAGCCUAUUCAACGUCUUUGCAAAUACCCGCUCAUGCUGCAAGACUUGCUCAGAGCUACACCUGUCGGUGAUUGUCCAAAUUCGCACCAUGGAAUGCAGCAAAUCUUGGAUCACACGCGGCUCUUGGUGGGACAGAUCAAUAUGGCAACUGGAAAUCCGGUGUACAGAGAUCGUAUUUCUAAGACAAUUCUUCUCCAAGAGAAGGUGGACGUUCCGGAAUCGGUGCACGUGCUUCAGGGUAUAUACAUGGAUCUGGGUCCAAUGAUAAUUUGUGGUGUGCUUCAUGUCACAUAUCAAACGACUGAAUCAACAACCGGUGAUUUCAUGGUUUGCGUACUUUUUAAUCGCUAUAUGCUCUUCGCCAAGGGCAGUGACGACCUCCGUCGAUUGGAAGCAGUCGCUUGUGUAUACCUAGACAAUGCCAAGAUCGAUGUGCUUCAAAACGGACAAGGGCUGUGUUGCUAUGAAUGUAUAUUCUCAUGGAAACUCGGAUUUCAAGACCAAAAAGGAUACUACGAAUUUGUUCUGAGCGCAUCAUCUGCGGUAGAAGAAAAGCAAUGGAACACGGAAAUUCUCAGGGUAACUGCCACACUGGUUGAGAUGGCUCAACCUAGGAUGUGGGAGGCAGGAGCACAUUCUUUUCAGACGCUCCAGCUGGCACCUGUAGAACAUGUUCAAUAUACAAUCUCAUCUAUGGCUCGACGAUCCUAUAUGGAUUCAAUGCCAACCACACGCAAGUCCCACGUCCAGCAUGUUGUCAUCAAGAAAACGCACUACCCGCGCUCCGUUGAGGAUCCAGUCACGCAGGCCGAAGGUGAGAUUGAACGUCCUAAGACACCAACUGACCCCUCUGUGGUGACAUUGGUCGCUCGCCGAAUUAAUCGAAUUCGAAUGGAACGCCUGGUCGCGGACGUCUGGACACAAGACCUUCUUCCAUAUCCAGGAAUGGUUCUCGGGCGAGGCGAUAUUUUCAGAGGUCGUCCGCUUCUACUCAACAUUCAUACCGGGUUCAGCAGACGGUCCGCUUCUAUCAGCGCCACCCAUUCCAAAGUGCCCUCGAUUGACUUUCGCUCUGAGCAUGAUAGAGAGGACAAGGAAAUUGGUCGAAGUAGUGAGGCCUACGAUGACAAGGAGGAUGAGUGUGAACAACCUCCUCAGACACCCACCUCAUCACCACAGCGAUCAAGAACGCUCCGGUUCAUGAACUCACCCAAGAAUUCCAUUCAAGCAUCACCUCGCAGUGAGAAGCGAUCAAGCCAGGAUGGAAGUUCUGAGUCAACACCAUCUCCCAAAAAAUGGUCAUCUCCCAAGAGUCUGUUUAGUGCCUUGGCGCCUAGGAAGUUGAAAAAGACCCGCUCUUUUGUUGAAUGA